AUGCUGGCGGCGGCCGUGCGGUUCCUGUUCGUGGAGACCCUGGGCAAGUGGCCGCUCACGGACCUGCUCUUCGGCGUCGCGUUCCUGCUGCGCCGCCGCAAGCGCGCGGACGUGUCGCGCAUGUACGCGCGCGAGGCGGUGGCGCGGCUGCGGGGCGCGUGGCGGGCGAGGGAGGUGGAGAUGGUGGCGGAGUACGUGGCGCUGUGCUACUCCUUCUCGCGCAAGCCCUACCGCCUCUUCCUCGAGGACUCGCGCCUCUCGGCCUCCGACGUCCUCCUCUACGAGCCCAAAGCCGGGCUGCUGAAGCCGGCGUUUGCGGUGAUAGUGGAUGGGAGGCGGCGCACGGUGCUGGUGGUGGUGCGGGGCACGCACUCCACCAAGGACAAGCUCACGUGCGCCACGGGCGCCGUCGUGCCGUUCCACCACACCAUCAUGAUGGACGGGGGAGUGCGCCACAUCGUGCUCGGCUACGCGCACUGCGGCAUGGUUGCCGCUGCCCGAGCCAUUGCUGCGCGCUGCCUGCCCACACUCCGACAGGCCCUCGCCCGCCACCCAGGCUUCCAUGUCAAGGUGAUAGGGCACUCGCUGGGUGGGGCCACGGCGUCGCUGCUGACGUUCAUUCUCAGGGAGAAGGAGGGGCUUGCCUCCACUACCUGCGUCGCCUUCGGCCCUGCGGCGGCCAUGACAUGGGAGCUGGCGCAGUCGGGCGAGUGCUGUGUGACGUCCAUCGUCAACGGCACUGACUUCAUCCCCACCCUCUGCUCCAGCUCGCUUGACGACCUCAGGCAAGAGGUGCGGCGGUCGGCGUGGGCGAGUGAGCUGCGGGAGCAGCUGCGCAAGGUGAAGCUGCUGCGCUCUGCUCUGCGCUCCGCCGCCCUCAUCCGCCGCCAUCUCGCCCUCUGCCCCUCCUGCACCUGCCGCCGCCCCACCUGCUGCUCCUUCCCAUUCUCCUCCCCGCUCUUCCCUACCCCUUCCUCCUCCUCCUCCUGGCUUCUCUCGCCCUUUCUCGCGUCGGCAUGUGCGUGCACGUUGUGUGGGCAGAGGCACAUGGGGCGAGUGGAAGGGGGUGCAAGGUCGGCAUGUUGCACGGUGGCCAUGCUGCAUGCGACUUGCAUGGGUAGACUCGCAUGUGGUGGAGCGCUAAGACCAUCCCUCUUCCCCACGACUGCUGCAGCACCUCCCCAUCGCUGUUCCGUCUGCGCACCCACCUCCUGCCCCCAUCCUCUCCACUUUCUUGCGACAGCACCUGCAGCAGCCGUGGCAUCAGUGGCGCGCGUCUGCUGCCACCCUGCUGCCCUGCGCGCCCCCAUGGCGUCCACCACCCCCCCUCGCCCCCCCUGGGCCCUGCGCACCUCGCUGCUGCCGCCUGGCUUCUGCAGCCGCGCCCGCACCCGCCCCUCCAUUCUCCCAGGGGGGCUCGCAGCCGCAGCAGCAGCAGGCGGUGCGCACACAGGCAGUGUGGUGGAGGGCCCACGGUGGUGGCGGCAGGACGUGGCGGAGGCCAUUGUGGUGGGCGACGCCAAGAGAGGCGUGGAGUCACGCCACGGCUCCGAGGGCAGGCUGGCCCACACGCUCGCCCACACACAGGACAUGCGGGCCGGCGGUAAUGGGGUGGGAGAGGUGUGCGCGCAGGGCACAGCGGAUGGUGAGGUGGUGCUGGUGGCCGCUGAGCCACAGAAGAUGGUGGAGAGGGGCGCGGGCAGAGGGCGCGAUGGGGGCAGUGCUGGUGGGCGCGAUGGGGAGGGCAUGGGGAAGAGUGAUGGGCAUGUGGAAGAGGUUGGUUUGCUGGGGGUUUCAGAGAUGUGGGUGAAGGUGAGUGAUGCAGUACAGGAUGGUGGGGGGGAGGAGGAAGAAGAUGAGGAGGAGGAGGGGGUGGACGACGAUGAGAUUGAGGACGUGGAGAGCGAUGAUGAUGAUGAGGAGGAAGAGGAGGAUGCACAGGAGGAGGACGAGGAGGAGGGGGAGGAAGAGGAGCGGGAAGAGGCAGAGCUGGUGGGCGAGGAGAGGGAGGAGGAGUUGCGACGGCAGCACAGCGACGAUGUGGAGGGGCUGGCAGCGCUGCUCAAGGCCAUGGACGACGGGGGAGACGCCGACCGCGCUGAGGGCGACGACGACCGCGACGACAGCUUCAGGGACACAGUGGGGCGCGACGGCGAGGCGAGCUUUUCAGGGGACAGCUGGCGGGGGCACAGCGGGGGGCUGUCAUGGGCGGUGAUGGAGCAGCAGCUGCAGGAGCAGCUGGAGGCGAGCACCCGCGCGUCCAAGAGCGAGGAGGAGGCGGCGGUGUCAGCGGCAGUGGUGCAGGACAUCCUGAGAGAGGAGGAGGAGGUGGCGAGCCAGGUGGCGGGCGCGGGCGAGGAGAGGGACGUGCUGGAGCCGCUGGUGGCAGGCGCCGUGGACAGCAGCGGUGACGUGCCCGAGGCCAUGCGCACAGACCCACGGCGGUGGUUCCCCUGUGGCCGCAUGGUGCACCUGCUGCGCAACGAGGACCCCGACGAGCACCGCGAGGUCAGCGCGGGUGCGGGGGAGGAGCGAGAGGGGGAGGAGCAGCACGGCAGCAGGGAUGGCGAUGGGCAUGUCAUGUCAGACUCGGUCCAUGAAGGCAGUACUGGUGCUGGCAGCGCUGUGGGUGGUGCAGGGGGGAGUGGUGGCACUGGGGGAGGGCCUCUCAAGGCAGGGCGUCAGCAGGGGAGGAAGCGGGGAAAGUGGAAGGCGGGGAUGUUUGAGACGCCUCGUCAUGUGUACUCGAGCAUCAAGCUGACUGGAUCAAUGAUUCAGGACCACCUCAUGAUGAACUACCGCCGCACACUGCUGGAGGUGGCGAGGGAGCUGGAGCAGGAUGACGAGGAGGCGAUGGACGAGGAGUACGAGGAGGAUGACCACUGCGCCUUCAACUGUGGAUGA